AUGGCGAUGAAGCUGAGCUUAAACCUGGUCAAUCUCGUGAGAGGAAGGCCUGGCACUCCCAUAUCACCGAAAGAAGUUCACACAUCGAAUGCCACAUAUCAAACGUGGCUGUUAUUGCUAGCAAUCGUACCAGAGGCCCUAUUAGACGCAAUGCUUGCGCCCUCUCUCCCAUAUAUGCUACGAGCCAGUCUGCCUGAGGCCAUGGUCGGAUUCACCACUGGUUACAUACAGUCUAGCUUCUAUCUACCCCUAUUGCUUAUGAAUUACGUCUGGGGUCGGACUGCCGAUGAAUAUGGUCGAUUCCCAGUGCUACUAUGCGGCUUAGUAGGCUGCCUUGUUUCAUCUUUGGGCUUGGCCUUUGCCAAAUCCUUUUGGCCAAUAUUCGCUUGCCGAUUUGUCGCUGGCUUUUUUGGAGCGAAUUCAACAAUUGCAAAAGGAACUAUAGGUCUGCUGCAUCGAGACGAUGCUUCUAGAUCACACUAUUUUGCCAUGUAUGCCGUCGUAUACGGUGUAGUGGGAAUAAUAGGACCAUCUGUUGGAGGCUUUUUGGUACAACCAGCUACGCAAUACCCAAAUUCCACAAUCGCACAAUGGGAAUUCUUCAAAAAUCAUCCUUACGCCACACCACCUUUGCUUACAUCCAUACUGGCAGGCAUAGUUUUGGUUGUAACAUUAAAAUUCUUUCAAGAACCGUCACCGUAUGUAGCAAUAGGAGACGAUGAUUCUGAUUCAGAUGUCGAAAUUAUAGAUGAUGACGAUGUAGUAGUUAGGAGAUCCAGUGCAGAGGACGUGUCUUCUGGAAAUGAGGACUUGAGGAGGUCAGGAUCCUACUCUCGUCUUGCAGCUGAGACUGUAAGAAGGUCGAAACGAUUAAGGAGGAAGCCAUCUGAUGCUUGUCCUGUACCGAUCGAAGACCUGCCCGCUUCCACGUCGUCAUUGCCGCCAGUAUACCCAACCACCACAAGCAAAAGUGAGAGCCCGACGCAUAAGCUUAUCGUAGUAGAGUUUCCUCGAGUGUCCCGACCGACUAGUAGACAGAAUAGUAGGAUACUUUCUGAAUCAGAACUAAUGCCUGUAGCCCCUGCUACGCCGUUACUCGUAGCAGCUUUUUUAUAUAGCCUAGUAGCAUUGUGUCAGAUGUCGUAUUCUGUGGCGACACCUCUGUUUUUGAGUUCAUCCGGUGAAAAUGGGGGAUUAGGGUUUCCUCCACGAAACACUGGCUUGUUUACGUCUCUGCUGGCAGGAUCUAAACUUUUUACUCAGGUGGUUUUGUUUUCAGCAGUACACAGACGAAUCGGAACCGUGAACUCCUACCGUCUAGGCAUGGGAAUAUUUGUGGUACCGUUGAUCUCGGCUCCACUGUUAUACUUCCUCUCGACCUCUACAGUUUGGAUUGGGGUUGUUAUCUUUCAGUGUCUCCUGGGUAUCGGCGAAGCACUUUCAUACCUGGCCGUUCUAAUCAUUAUAACAGAGUGUUCAACGGCAGCUCAGCAGGGAUCCGCCCAUGGACUCGCAUCUUCAGCUGCUGCUGGCAUGAGAACAUUCGGUCCUUCUUUAGCAGGAGCAUUGUGGUCGGUUGGCCACGUCUUUGUCUUCAUUGCCUGUGGUGGUUUUGCCAUGGUGGGACUCACGCUUGGCGGUUUACCAAAUGUCGUGAAAAAUAACAACAAAAACUCCAGAAGUACUUCACCUUCAGACCUCAAUGGAAUAGAACAUUAA